ACAACAUUAAACGAAAAUUAAUAGAAACGCUUGAGUUCUACACAUUUUAAUCUAACUCCUCAAAACCAUUGAUAAUCACAUUAACAACAGAGUCCUUUAUUACAAUAUCCUAUAUAUAAACUCGUUUCAUGUGACUAUUAGUGUGGCAUGUGCAAGGGGAAGUCCCAACGCGUAGCUCCGCCUAUCAGCAACACCGCCCACGCCCCCGUCAUACAAGCAAGUGGCGUCUCAUUGGCUAGCCUCCGCCACGCCCACCCGGGCACGUUGAAACCUGUUAAUCGUGUUCGCACAGAUAACCUUCUCUCACUCUUCUCCAUCCAUUCACUCCCACUCUCCUCCACCCAUCGUUCACACGUCCGUCCACCAUGUUCACCCAGCCGUCCAAGCACCGCGCCACAGGCGAUCCAGGCCGCACCAGCUUCAUGAAAUUGACACUCAAACGGAUGAAGCAACUUCUGUCGUCAUCAGACAGUCGCUCAGCACACAACACAAGGUCGCCUCUCACAGCUACAAAUGUAUCAACUGUUGCAACAGUUGACGACACGAUUGCUACAUUGUCGAUCCCUCGGGAGGUGAAAUCGGAAUUGGCACUGACGCCGUGGUAUCACAGCUCGGUGAACGGGCGACGUGCGAUGCAAAUACUCGAGCCGUUCGCGAACGGUUCGUUCCUGAUGCGCGACAGCUACGACGGCCGGCAUCUCUUCGCCGUGACGUACAAGUCACAGGGUCGGUAUGGCAACAUACGCAUCCAACAGGCGCGCGACGCGUCGUUUUCUCUCAACGUCAACGAUCCGCUGCAGCCGCGGUUUACGAGUCCGGUCGCACUGUUGGAGCACGUCGUGCGCGUGCGGCAAGCGACGCCGAUUGUGAUUGAGAACUCGUUUGCUGUUGUUUACCUCGAGCAGCCGGUUGGACGGAUACACGAGCCAGACAGUCUGCAAGCUAUCUGCAGGAAAUCUAUCCGUUCUCGUCUCAAUUCGGACGAUGGAAUCGGUUUACUGCCUCUGCCCAACAGCCUGAAAGUGUCGCUCUGUAGAUCGGGCGCGAACGAGACGUGUCGGUACGGAAUCGUAGAGAGAAAGAGGAAUGAGUGAAUGAGUAAGGAGAAAGAUGAAUGAAUGAGUGACUGUGUGACGUUUGUAUCGGUAUUAGUGACACGUGAUACGCUCGGUUCUCUUGUUCUAUUACCUACAAGGCCGUCACGCCCUGUUGUGUCUCUCCCUGGAAAUUCCUUCCGUCUAAUGUCAGUGCAUCUGUGGCUCUAACCUCUUUCACCCAUCUUGCUAGCGUGCGCGCGUUAAGCUUUCUCUUGCCUGCGCGCGUUAAUAAUGACUGUGACAGAGACUCUCCAGUGUGUAGCGUUAGACAUCUAUUGUAUUGUUAUGGAAUAUGUAGUGCCAUUGUAACGAGUCGACGCAUUAGUAAAAUAAGCAUAUCAAAUGCUGCAGUCCAGCUCUAGCUUGUAGCCUGCGCGCGUUAAGAGGGACUACAAAGAGGCCAGACUAACUCUUGAGU